CUUCUUUUACUCUUCAGAUCCGAAUUCCUGGGUUAAAGCCUCUUUUCUGUCUGGAGGAAAGACUGUCGUCCUUCGUUUCUGUACUCACCGUUCUUUGACCUCGAAAGAGUCGAUCAAAGCAUCUCACAGGCUUCCAACCUUGACCGCUGUGCUUGUUUCUUCGCCCAAGCAAGCGUUUAUUUCGGGCAUCAUUGAUUGCGAGUCAAUCAGACAUCCCAUCCCUUUCGCAUAAACCAGCAAGGACAACACAGUCUUUGCUGCACAAUCGUUGCACCUCUGUUUCCUUAUCCAGUCGUCAUCGCCAACACACCAUGGAGCCCAGAAUUAUUGCAGUCCCCAAUGAGACGAUAGCCUCUUUCUCGCGUACCACGUGUGAUGGAAGACACUUGCUCUACAAGCUCAAAGUUCUUCAACAGCCCGAACGUGCCCGCGCCUGCGGUUCUGGCGCCAAGUCAUCUGCCGACCGCCGUCCCGUUGACCCUCCACCAAUUGUCGAGCUUCGCAUCUAUGAUGGCGAGGAAUCCAAGGAUAAUGACAUCACCUUUGCCAUGAACGCCAACUACUUCCUCUUCGCAACUCUGGAACAGGCGCGACCUAUCGCUCAAGGUCGUGUUCCGAACAAUGACCCUGCCCGUUUGACUGUUUUGACUGGCACUCCAGUAGCCGGUAUGGUGUACCUGGAUCGCCCGGACCAAGCUGGAUACUUCAUCUUCCCUGAUCUUUCCGUCCGCCAUGAAGGAAAGUACAGACUAGGCUUCAGUCUGUACGAGGAGUUGAAGGAUCCCAAGGAUGCAGACCAACUGGACGAAGCAGCUGCAGCCGCAGCUGCUCAGGGAGAGGCCCAGAUUACCCACCGUUUGGAGGUCAAGUCCCAGCCAUUCACUGUCUACAGUGCUAAGAAGUUCCCUGGACUGGCUUCGAGCACCCAGCUCAGCCGUACUGUCGCCGACCAGGGAUGCCGUGUUCGUAUCAGACGUGAGGUCCGUAUGCGUAGACGUGAAAAGGGUAAGGAUUAUGACGGGUACUCGGACCGUGGUAGACACUCGGCCACCCCUGAUGCCUACCAGUCUCAUAUGGCCGUGGCUCAUCCCGGAGCCGAAGCCGCCGACCGCGAGAGAUCGGCCAGUAUCGUCAGCCACGCAUCGCUUGCAGCUGCUCCAGCCUCGCGUCGUCCUUCCGGACAUGAGAUGAUCCAGGCAUACCCUCAGCCGUCUUACGCUCCUCAGGCUCUUAUUCAACACCCGGCUCCCGCACAACCUCAGUACUCGCAGCCUCCUGCUCACCAAUACGCCCCGCAAUAUGCGCAGCAACAUCCCCAAAUGCAGCCUCCUGCUAUGCAGCCACCUCAGCCCCAGAUGCACUAUGGCCAUUACCAAUAUCCUCAGGCUGCAACUCCCGCUCCUGCUCAACACGCAUACUAUGGUUAUGGACAUCCGGCUCAGCACGCUCAGUACGAGGAGCCUGCGGCUGCAAGAACCAUGAGCGUUGACUAUUCACAUGGAGCACCUGCUCCUGUACCUGCCGAUCUUCGCCGUCACUCGAUGAUCCAAACAUCCUCGUACCCUCACAAUGGCCAGCCUCAGCAUCAGGCGUACUCAUCUCACUAUCAGAAGCCUGCUUCGUACCAGACUCAGCAGACGCCCAAGAUGAGACAGAUGAGUCAGACUUCGGCUUCUGGUGCAUCGGCAAUCCCGCCCCAUGUUUUGCCCCCGAUCAAUACAUCGCUGGUUCCCCAGCCCAAGCUUGAGGUAUCUCCGCCAAGCAGUGCAGUGUCUCAGAGUCACUACUAUGAUAUGGCCAGAACCUCAGAGACUGGACAGGUCAACGGCAAGCGCUCGUAUGACCGCGUUUUCGACACGCGCCAUUUGAACGGACCUCUGAGACAGGGAGCUAGACCCUCAGUGUCUGGAUAUGGCCACCUGGUGGCAGAUGAUGGAAAUGACAGCGAGCUCGCAGAGUUGGAGAGCUUGAAAAUGAGCUACAGACGUGCAGAUGGACGUGAGAUUGCUCGUCCUCUGCCUCCCAGUCACGAUUGAACGACCCACAGCCGAUAGAAGUAGCACAGGGAGAUUCUGAGAUUUUUGUUUCAUUUGUACACAGGGUGGAACAGCGACUUUUCUCCUUUGUGCGAGUAAUAGCGAUCGAGCGGGACAUAUAAUGGCGGAAUAGAAAUGUCACGGUGAAUCAGUGAAGACGAAAUUACCCCAACGAAAGCAACGACAGAUAUGAUAGACAAUGGAAGAAAUUGACACAAAAUUGCAGACGAGGUUACGGACGUUGAAGAGGGCACGAGUCGCG